AUGUACGCUGGUCUGGGAUUGUCUUUCAUCAUUCCCAUUAUCCAUGGUAUCAUGAAAUUCGGCUGGGAAACGCAGAUGUGGAGGAUGAGUCUCGAUUGGAUGGCUUUGAUGACGAUUUUUAACCUCACGGGCGGUGCGCUAUAUGCUAUGAGGGUAAGUAGACAACAUCCAAAGAAAUACGGCUAG